AUAUGCUUAAUUAAUUAUACCUAAGUUGUUUUUGAACAAGCAGCUGCUUUUAAGAUUUGUAAACUGCAAUUUACAUUGCAGGUAAAAUUGUAUCGGACCAUAUGCUUCAAGAAUUACAAAGAUUCAAUUGGUUGAGAAAAACUCUGUUAUUGCAAAACCCCCAAAGUAAACAAACGUGCGAGUUUAGGGAUUGUUUUGCAAAGGAGCGACCGAAUUGAACAGACGACCUAAAGCAAACAAGAUCGCAGUUAAGACCGGCAUUUUGAUCAAAAUAUUUCAUGGGAUAUGCCUUGGUCGUUAAGGAAAUUAUUUGGUCUCAUUGCACUCAUAUGGAGUCAAUCAAAUCACGGUCAAGCAGAUUUUGCUCCACUUUCAUCCCACUGUCUCUUGGUUGAUAUCGACGUUUAUUAUGAUGCCUCACGCAUUGGGUCCAUUGACUUAAACAAAACAACCACCGAUUUCAAAAGUUCCUAUUUUACCCAGUACAUCACGAACACCUGGCCCAAAAGUUUUGAAGGCAUUUGCGAUGAUAUAAAAGUUAUAUUUGACGAUGUAACCUUGAAAAAAAGGUCAUCAUCGGGAUACCUCGUCCUUGCUGCAACCUACUUGUACGAAUUUGAAAUUGGCGUGAAAGGGAUACCUAGUGAUAGAAAAUUAACCCGAUGUAUCAAUUCCACUCGUGAAAAACACAACAAACAUGUGGACAAGUUCAACUGGCUGACAAUUAUUCCAAAGUUGAAGGGAAAAGACGGACGAGAUGUUGAAGCGGAAAAAGCUCCGUAUGAUUCAAAAUUUAGGCAUUGUUGUAUGGAGAAGAGGAAUGGAACUUGUUGUCCUGAAGGAGCCAUGUUUGUGGGUAGAGGAGAAAGUAGUUUCUGCGAUUGCAAACAGGGUUAUUUCCAUCACCCAGCUACUCCGUUAGCCUGUCACCCUUGUCCAAUAGAUACAUAUCAAGCAAAACCAAAUAUGCAAAACUGUCCUCCAUGUCCUUCAGGGAAAAUGACUCUUGGUGAAGGUUCUACAUCCUGCGUGCCAAUCAUAGAAUGCAAAAGAGAAGUGAUUUGGACAGUAAAAGGAACAUUUACUUGGAAAGCGACAAGGGUGAACAAACUAGCAAGCCAUAAAUGUCCAUAUGGUCCAGGCAACGUCACUCUCUCGCGAAAUUGCAGUUGGAUAUCCAACACUGCGGCGUCUUGGACUGUGUUUGACUCUUCUGGAUGUAAUCCAUCUAAACAUACAGAAACAUUGUUAGAACUUUCCAAGACGCCAAUUGAUGAAACAAACGUAAACAACAUCACCGAGGUCUUGGUGGGGGAAACUGAAGCUCCUGAUGAACUAGAUUCAUAUGAUGUUGCUCUAGUAACAACCACUAUUUCUGACAUUGUGGAUUAUAAUAGUUCCUUGGCAGAGGUUGCGGAAAAUGUAUUACAAGUCAUUGACAAUAUUUUGUCGGUUAGUGAAGAAAUUUUAGCUGAAAGUGAAUUGUAUAACCAAACCACUUCGAGAUUGCUUAACGUUACAGAGACGUUUGCUGAAAAUGUUCCACUGGAGAAAGGAAUUCGUCUUCUGGUUGGCGAAAACAUUAAAAUUAAAGCGGAAUCAAUCGCUCAAGAAUUCGUCGGGGACGAUCUCACAUAUGUUGCGAACGUUACGACACGAAAUUCUUCAUUAACCACUCAAACGGAAAUAAAAAUCUCGAAAAACGCCAUUCAACAAGCAAAGCAACAAGGAUCUGAUCGCGUGAUAACAAUCGUUUAUCAGAACAACAAACUGUUUCCUGUGUCGGUUGACAAAAGUUUGAAGAAUGGCAUCAAAAGAAAACGAAAUGUCGGAAAUAUCAUUCUGUCUGGAAAAUUUAAAGAAGCUAGUAUCGAGAUGGUCAAUGGCGCUAUAGAACUAAUAUUUCCAAAUAAAAUGAAAAGUGAUGACAGAAUGUAUUUUCCACGUUGUGUUUAUUGGGAUUUUACAGCCAACGAUGGAUUUGGUAAUUGGUCGUCAGAAGGCUGCUUUUACGAAGGAACCAAGUCCGGUCACGUGACAUGCCGAUGUAAUCACAUGACACACUUUGCCAUUCUGUUGACUGCUGACCCAGAUAGAGACGUGUCAGACUCAGAUCACAGUCACGCAUUGUCAGUUAUUAGUUAUAUUGGUUGUGGAAUAUCGCUGCUUGCCGCCAUUUUGACUCUCAUCACCUACGUUUACUUUCGAGAUCUCAAACGCAGCAACGCGCAAACUAUUUUGUGCCAUCUUUGCGUCGCGUUGAUUGGUCUUUUGGUGACAUACUUUAUUGUCGCGACUCGGGAUCCGAAGACGACCGGCUGUCUGGUUUCCGGUCUUCUGGUCCACUUUUUUCUGCUCGCGACAUUUUCAUGGAUGGCUGUUGAAGGAAUUAACAUGUAUCUCGCAUUCGUGAAAGUAAUGUCUGCGCAUGUGCCCAGAUUUGUACCAAAAGCUGUUCUCAUUGCAUGGGGUUUUCCAGGAGUUGUCGUUGUCGUAACUGGUGCUUUAGCUUUUGACUACUAUUCAACUGACGAAAGCUGUUUCCUCCACGGAAUUGCUUUCUACAUCAGUGUAUUUGCGCCAGCUGCUUUUGUUCUUUUCAUGAACUUCAUAAUGUUUGUUCUGACUAUGUAUUCUUUGUCUCAAAUGGGAAAAGAAGUUUCUCAAGAAAAUAAGAUGACUGGUUAUCACCGGGUCAAAGUUGCCUUGGCAAUCACAGUUCUGCUCGGUCUAACCUGGUUUUUUGGCACGCUUGCAAUCGGCAGUGCUCGUCUGGUUUUUCAAUAUCUAUUUUGUAUUUUCAAUUCUCUGCAAGGGUUUGCCAUCUUCUGGUUUCAUUGCGUGCGUCAGCCCGAAGUUCGGCAAUGUUGGGCCGACUUUUUACGAGGUCGACGCGGUAGACAACGACGUUAUACCGCUAGCACAACUGCGCCCGCAUUAGCAACGAACGCCGUAAAGAAGUCGUCUUCAGCAACAGCUUCGCCGAGAUUGUCGCCGUUUAACUCGCGAGGAAAGUAUAACAUUGAACAAAAGAAGAUAAGUCUGGAUCGAAAUCACAACACAGCUAAUAGUCUUUGAAGAAAUCUCUGGAAAGACUUUUAUUUCGUCGUAUGGCAAUUGGUCAACCUAAUAUUAUUCAGUCGCACAUUGGUAUUACAUGGAAAUUUGUUCGUUGUGCUAAUUCAGUCUUAGCACUAUUGUUUUAAUGGACCUGAGCUCAAAUAGUGUCCAGAAUGCUUUUCCUUUACUUAAGGGUGUACCAACAAAAAAAUUAUCGAAAUCACCUACUUUUAACGUUAAUUUGAAUGUCGGACUUGUCCACGAAUUUUUGCCUGUGGGGAUUAGCGCAACUUAUAAAAUGUUAAAUACAAAAAUUUUAAUUUUGCUAGAGAAAGGGGGCAUGUCGAAGA